AUGGGUGUUCUACUUGACGUUCUCACAUCUUGGUACAUUCUAUAUGUUUCCAAAAUGACCAAGGGAGAAUUAUACACACCCCUGAGCCAAAUAGACCACGAGAGUCCUCAAUAUACAAACUAUGAUGGAAACUCGAAGGACGGCCCGACAUAUAGCAUCCAGGGGAAACGACUUUCUAUCUGUUUUUACAUUGUCACAACUGUUUUAAUACUUUCAAAUGUCAUCUGGAGUGGCAUAUUCCUUUCUAGAGAUGGAGUCUCGUCAGCCUGUACGCUUCAUGAAGAGAAAACCCAGUCAAAAGAUCAAGAACCACCUCUAGACUACGCCGCUGCCCCUGUUAUUCCAGUCCAAUACAAGCCAUUCUUUUGGAAUACAAUGUACAGCUCGGAAGAUCAGACUGUUCAAGAUGAAAUGUGGGAAUCUAUAGUGUGGACUCACGGUUUGAUCGCUGUUGACCAGGAAUGGGCCAAAUCUCAGAAUUGGCCUGAGACCAUGGCUCGACCCAACAAUGGUAGCCAAGCAGUAUACUUGCUAGAAGCCUACCAUGAGGUACAUUGUCUACGGGUAAUGAGGCAAAUGUUGAAAGAGAGUCUAGAGUCUCCAACAACACUGUCAGAGCACCAAGCACGACACAUAGACCAUUGCUUCGACUCUUUACUACAAGUAGUCAUGUGCAAUGCAGAUUCGACACCUCUAUAUACAUGGGGAACCACAAAAGUAGGGGAUGGCCAAAUACGUAAAUGCAAAAAUUGGGAUUCUCUAAGAAGCUUCGCAAGUCAGAACUCAGCUUGCUUCUUGGAGGCCACCGGAGAGUCAUUGAAUGAUUCGUUCAGUCAUUGUGGCCUGGGAGACGGACUGAGGACUUUUACGGAAUAA